AAUGAAGUUGAUUGAAUCAAGCGACACUGUCAAGUUUCCAGAAGGCGUAAAGUUUUCUGUGAAGAACAGACUUGUCAAGGUGACUGGACCUCGUGGAACGCUUACACGCGAUUUUCGUCAUCUCAAUAUUGAAAUAACACAAGAAGGAGCUAAUAUACUUCGUGUUCGUAAAUGGUUUGGAAUUCGAAAGGAAUUGGCUGCUAUCCGAACAGUUUGUUCGCAUAUUGUGAAUAUGAUUAAGGGAGUGACUAAAGGCUUCCGUUACAAAAUGCGUUCAGUCUAUGCUCACUUUCCUAUCAACAUUACUCUGCAGGAGAAAGGAGAAGUUAUCGAGAUUCGAAACUUCCUUGGCGAAAAGUUUGUUCGUCGUGUCAAACUUCCAGAAGGUGUUUCUGCUGCAAUUUCGACAAAAUUGAAAGACGAGCUAAUUAUUGAUGGAAAUGAUGUUCAGAAGGUUUCUCAAGCUGCCGCGCGUAUUCAACAAUCAACAACUGUCAAAAACAAAGACAUUCGUAAAUUUUUGGAUGGAAUUUAUGUGAGCGAGAAGGUUACAGUUGCGGAUGAUUAG